CACUCAACCACCCACCCACUCUUUCUCCUUCUCCAACUCUUUCACUACAUUGCUCAUCCUUCAUUUACUUACUUUACAUAUUCAUUCUUCUUCGUCAUGGCUGUUCGUGCUCAAUUCGAAAAUAAUAACGAGAUUGGCGUCUUUGCCAUGCUCACUAACAGCUACUGCUUAGUUGCCAUUGGUGGUUCUGAGAACUUUUACAGUGUCUUCGAAGCAGAGUUGAAGGAUGUUAUCCCUAUUGUUCAUACUAGCAUUGCCGGUACUCGUAUCAUUGGUCGUCUCUGUGUUGGCAACAGGCAUGGUCUUUUGGUUCCUUCGACGACGACGGACCAGGAACUUCAACACUUGAGGAACUCAUUGCCCGAUAGUGUUGCGAUCCAACGUGUAGAGGAGAGACUUUCAGCGUUAGGGAAUGUUAUUGUAUGCAACGACUAUGUUGCAUUGGUACACCCAGAUAUCGAUCGAGAAACAGAAGAGAUCAUUGCAGACGUAUUGAAGGUUGAGGUAUUCCGUCAGACGAUCGCAGAUAAUGUAUUGGUGGGAUCUUAUUGUGCGUUGAGUAAUCAAGGUGGAUUAGUUCACCCUCAUACCUCUAUCCAAGAUCAGGAUGAAUUGUCAUCAUUGCUUCAGGUGCCCCUGGUCGCCGGUACUGUGAACCGUGGUUCGGAUGUCAUUGGAGCAGGGUUGUUGGUGAAUGACUGGUGUGCCUUUGCAGGUCUGGACACAACUGCAACAGAGUUGUCAGUGAUUGAGGGCGUCUUCAAGCUCCAGGAUAAUGGUCCAAGUGCGAUUGUUGAGGACAUGCGUGAUUCCUUGGUCGACUCAAUGGUCUAAAAAAAAA